AUGUCUACUACAGAGAAACCCGUCAUCCUUCAUCUUGGAGAUGACAUCGAGUUUAACCCAGACAUCUACAAGGAGUUACAGAAAGCCUUCACCAUCAUCCAGCCCUCACUCGAGGAGAGACAACGCGAUGCUUGGCUACAAGCCCUACGGGACAGAAAAUGGGGAGACUUCCAGGCUGUUUUCCGUCCCUUCUGGAACUCAGGUCUUGAAAUGGGUCGCUGGGACGCCGAGAUGAUCCCGUUACUUCCCAAGUCCUUGAAGAUUUUUACUUCUGCCGGUGCUGGCUAUGACUGGGCCGACAUUCCUCUGCUCACGGAAGCCGGUAUCCUCUACUGCAACGGCGCAUCAGCAAGUUCCGAAGCCGUUGCCGAUAUGGCCAUCUAUCACAUUCUUUCAGUGUUCAGAAACAUCCAGUGGAGCAAUGUUGCUGCCCGCAGUGGAAACAAGGACGAGUUUCUCGACGCCCAUCAGAACGCCCCCGUGGGCGCUCACAACCCCCAGAACCAUAUUCUCGGCGUCGUAGGUCUGGGAAAUAUUGGCUACCGUAUUGCUACCAAGGCGUACCGCUGCUUUGGUAUGAAGAUCAUUUACUACGAUCUCUACCCCAAGAGUGCUGAGCAGGAGGCCGCCAUCGGAGGAGCACGUCGUAUCCCUGAGCUUGACGACAUGCUCGCCGAGGCAGACUGUGUUGUCUUGGCCACACCGGGAGGACAGCAGCUUCUCGAUGCUCCUCGCAUCUCGAAACUGAAGAAGGGCUCGCGGGUGGUGAAUAUUGCCCGGGGCGGGUUAAUCGACGAGGAAGCCCUUGCCGACGCGCUGGAGAGCGGUCACGUCUUCAGCGCGGGACUGGACGUCCAUGAGAACGAGCCAAACGUGAACAAGAGGCUAAUCAACAACCGUAAUGUCACGGUGACGGCACACACUGCUGGCGGUGCGUUUGAGACGAAGAGUGGGUUUGAGGCGCUGUCAAUGCAAAAUGUGCUGGCUGUGCUCUCUGGCCAGGAGCCCCUUACCCCCGUCAACAAACACCUUAUGAAGAAAUAG